GGGUUCAGUCAAGUUUCUCUUCGCCGCAAACGCGCACGAUCUUGUCUGCUCUACCAGCCUUUAAAUUACAGUGCGGAACGCGCAGUGCUCAGUUGUCAGUGAGACUUCGUAUUGGAUUGUAUCAAGAUUGUUUUCUGAUUGUUCUGUUUGCUCAAGAUGUAUACCACGGACACGCUGCUGAUAUCCUGUGGUUGUAACCAGUUUGCUUUGGCCAAUUUGUCGCAAGACAGCAGCAAUGAGGGUGCCCCAUCUGGAGAGGAGGCACAAAGAGCGUCUAUGACGAUCAGUGAAGCUCUCGCUGCCUGCCUGACCCAAGCCGUGAGGGAGAGGAGAGUCGCCUCUGGUGUGCUGGACUGUGCCAAACUUUUGGGAUGCCGUCCGGGCCGUGUGAUGCUAUGUAUACUUCCGGAAGUGAGGCAACAUGACGUCGCUGUGCACAUAGAGCAUGUCCUCAUCCGCUCCUUCUGCAAGGAAAACGACAUCCGUCUGCUCACGGUCAAAGACGAGCAACGACUGACUGAGCUUGUGACGCCUAACGGAGAGAGCCAGGAGAGUUACGUGUCAUGUCUCCUCGUCGAGUCACCCGUGGAUGGCCAGAGCGAGGCUGACGAGUUCGUCUGCGGCUAUCAUGACGUCAUCAUGGCCAGAGACAUCCUGCCCAAGCCCGUCAUACAGCUGCCGGAUUGAUCGAGGUUCCCAUUGUUCUAGAUCUAAACAUCUCUCAUAAAACGUCAUGGAAGCCCACCCAUGCGCGCGGCCGCCGCCGCUCUUGUCCGGCACAGGUCGCUCACCGUCAAGUGAUCCAGCGCAGGUCGGCGCCCCUAAAAAGAAAGCACCGUGUUCAUGUAUGUGUGUGUCCAGGUUUGGCUCACACAGCAGUCAUACAUGUGUCCAGAUUUGGACUUCACAACCACCGUUUGUAUGUCCAGAUUUGACACUGCCAAGUGCACUGUCCUGCCAGGAUCCAGUAUGCCAGUUUGGUGAAUUGCAAGUUUAAGUUGGAGUUUGUGGGGAACUGUACAGGUUUUUGCUCCGGUCAAGUUUGGUCAAGCAUAGCCACAUGGUCCACUCCUAUUUCAGGUCUCAGAAACAGGUCAACCAAUUCAGUGUGCCAGGACUGACUGGUGUGGACGUGAGAUCAAAGAUGCCGUGACUGUCCAAACAUAAUGUUAUGUCUUGCCCCGUGGAGAAGAUGUGUACGUUUGUUAUGUAGGCCUAUGUUUAUGAGCGUGCACACUGCAAGAACCUGUCCAGCCCGUCCCACAAGACGAUCACGGUGUCUUCACAACUCUGAGAGCUGCAAGUGUUCCGAGAGCCGCAAACGUUCCGAGAGUCACAAACGCUCUACUGAAGUGAGAUGCACACAAAGUCAUGCAUGGGAACGCUCACAUUUGCAUAAUGAAUACCACCUGAAGUUGUGGACAUGAUUGUAUCUGUUAUAGGUUUAUAUUGUCAGAGCUGGUUUCUUAUCUUACAUUUUGUAGAUUGCUUAGAAUUACAUUUUGUUGUUUCAUAGAGCAAUAUUCUGUGAUUUUUAAGUGAAUGAAAUUGUUGCAUUCUGUAGGUUUUUAAAGUUUUUGUUAGUUUGUUCCUUAGAUGAUUCUUGUCAACCCAGAAAAACAUCAAGUAGAAAUGAUAGUGUGAUUUAUCAGAGGCUCUACUUCAUUCAUUGUUUAUAUUGCAUUCUCAUUUUAGGUGCAUUUAAAAUACGGUACUAGACUAAGAUUUAAAGCCAAGGAUAGUUAGUAGCUACAGUUUGGGAAAUGUGAAUCUCCCUACAGGUGUGGCUUUUGGGACUUUGUCAAUAAAAUAUGUAUCUAGUAAAUGGUAACAUCUUGGAACAGCAUCAUGCCUUAUGUAGAUCUCAGUGAUGUACAUCAAUAGUUUGUCGCUAAACUGUACAGGAUUUAAAAUUUUUGAAACACCCUAGAGAUAUUUGCCUUUGUUGACUUUUUUAGUGUCAGUUUAAUUGAAGCUUUUUCUGAUUUGUAGAAUGUCAUAAUUUUGAUGCCAGUACAGAUUCAUUAAAAUGAUGAUGAAAUGUUCA